CCACAAAGUCUUUCAAGGCCAUGCUCUUAUCUAACAAACGACGGAGAAGACAAGGCGUUAUAUACUGCAAAGAUAACAUCUUCCUUUGGAACUUGAGGGAUGACCUCUAUUGGCUCAGUAAACCUGAUGUCCCCAGAGGUACGCUGGCCCACCCCAGGAACCAGGACUGCUGGAUUACAGCUUCGGGCUUCUCUGGGAAGAUUAGAGCUGAUCGCUACAGCUUCUUUACUAAGUAAUGUUCUGUCCUCUGUUCAUUAUGAUGGACCCUUGCUUAUUGCCCUAAUUGUGGAGUAUGGAGCUCGAGGAGGUACCAAUGAACCAGUGAGUUCUCCAGGAUAUUGUGUGUCAACUGAUACUAAUUCAGAUUUACAUACCAGAAUUUCUCAACAUCUCAAUGGCAGAGGACUUUACAUGGAGAGACUUUACUUGGAGUGUGGAUUCAGAUUCAAUAUCAAACUGAAUGGUGAUCAUAUAGUCAUAUCUGGGAAUGACAAGGAAGGUUUGGAGCAAGUAGCAGAAAAGGUAAAGCAGGAAGUCCAAAGAGUUAAGGAUGACUAUGUCAUUCCACCAUAUAGUCACAUUACCUCAGGGACUGAUGCUGAUGUGGCAAAGAGACCAGCAGAAAAAGAAGCAAAAGAAAUUCAGCAAGUUAAAAACGCUUGUCUGUUCUUCACAGAAAAAGUGUUGACAAAUGAGAAUAAGGAUAUUCAUUACAGAAUUUGUGCAAUGCUCAUUAGAAGAGAAGGAAAGGACAUGAGAAAAAUUCAAUCAGAGACGGGGCUCAAUUUAAAUUUGACCUUUCCUAAAUUAUCAAGAAAAGGUGGCCAUGUGCUUGUUUCUGGGACUGAUGCUGAAAUGACAAAGAAAGCAGCACAAAAAGUAGCACAAGAAAUUGAAAUAAUCAAGAAAGAAAUAAAGCCCUUCACAGAAAAGGUGAGGACAGAUGAGGAUGAGGACAUUCACAACAGAAUUGUUGCAAUGUUACUUGGAAAAGGAGGAGGGAACAUCAAAAAUUGUAAGUUAGAGGUGGGACAUGAUUUUGAAUUGGAUGGUUUGAAUUUCACAAGAAAUAGAGGCCAUGUGCUUGUUUCUGGGACUGAUGCUGAAAUGACAAAGAAUGCAGCUAAAAAAGUAGCACAAGAAAUUGAAAUAAUCAAGAAAAAAAUACAGCCCUUCACAGAAAAGGUGAGGACAGAUGAGGAUGAGGACAUUCACAACAGAAUUGUUGCAAUGUUACUUGGAAAAGGAGGAGGGAACAUCAAAAAAUUUCAGUUAGAGGUGGGACAUGAUUUUGAAUUGGAUGGUUUGAAUUUCACAAGAAAUGGAGGCCAUGUGCUUGUUUUUGGGACUGAUGCUGAAAUGACAAAGAAAGCAGCACAAAAAGUAGCACAAGAAAUUGAAAUAAUCAAGAAAAAAAUAAAGCCCUUCACAGAAAAGGUGAGGACAGAUGAGGAUGAGGACGUUCACAACAGAAUUGUUGCAAAGUUACUUGGAAAAGGAGGAGGGAACAUCAAAAAAUUUCAGUUAGAGGUGGGACAUGAUUUUGAAUUGCGUGGUUUGAAUUUCACAAGAAAUGGUGGCCAAGUGCUUGUUUUUGGGACUGAUGCUGAAAUGACAAAGAAAGCAGCACAAAAAGUAGCACAAGAAAUUGAAAUAAUCAAGAAAGAAAUACAGCCCUUCACAGAAAAGGUGAGGACAGAUGAGGAUGAGGACAUUCACAACAGAAUUGUUGCAAUGUUACUUGGAAAAGAAAGAGGGAACAUCAAAAAAUGUCAGUUAGAGGUGGGACAUGAUUUUGAAUUGGAAGGUUUGAAUUUCACAAGAAAUGGAGGCCAUGUGCUUGUUUCUGGGACUGAUGCUGAAAUGACAAAGAUAGCAGCUGAAAAAAUAGCACAAGAAAUUGAAAUAAUCAAGAAGAAAAUAAUAAUACACUUCACAGAAAAGGUGAGGACAGAUGAGGAUGAGGACAUUCAUGACAGAAUUAUUGCAAUGUUACUUGGAAAAAGAGGGAACAUAAGAUUUCAAUCAGAGACAGGACUCGAUUUUAGUUUGACCUGUCCAAAAUUUUCUAGAAACAGCUAUGUGCUUGUUUCAUGUGCUGAUGAUAAAGUGAUGAAGGAAGCAGUGGAAAGUGUAGCACAUGAAAUUGAAAGAGUUAAAAUUGAUUUAUUUCUAGAAAGAUACCAUUAUCAACAAGAUGAUAGAGAAAAUAUAGAAUUCCAAUAAUUAAUUUGUCAACUUUUUUCUUUUACAAUUGACUUCUUUUUUUGUAUUUUGUUCAAUUGUUUUGUUUUUUAAUUCAUAUAGCUUGAGAUCACCCUGAACAAGUUUUUGUUUCAGGUAAGCAAGGUUAAGGUCAUCAUUGCCGAUUCAACUUGGCCGAUUUAACUGAAACUUGGUAGGAAUGAUCAACUUAUGUUCCUGACAAAGUGUUGUUAUUUUUUAGGUCG